GCGGAGGUAACUCACAAGUCGAAAUCUAUAUUGACUCUAUAUAGAUCUCGAUCUCUAAUAUAAUCUACAUUAAUUAUUUAAUUAAUUUUAGAUAUAAUCACAGUGUUCAGUUAAAGGAUCAACGCCAAAUCUAGACUCUAGUGCAGCUUACUUAGACUAUCUAGAAUACUAGAUUUAGACUGUAUCUAAUUCUAUCGAGUCUAGAUUUGUAACUUUCUAAUCUUAUCGUCUUAUGAUAAAUUAAAUUAUGAUUCUUAGUGAACUAAAGUGAAAAAGUCAGACUAAGACACUUGACUAACUUUAAGUCGACUAAGUCAACUAAGUAUCUAGAUCUAGAUUCUAAAAUCUACUCUAGACCUAGAAUUGUAGAUCUAAUCUAGAUCCAUCAUUUGUUACUUCACACUUGAAUCUUGAAGUUGUAUCAUUCAUCUAAUAGUUAUAGUAGAUGUUAUAUUCUAAUAUUAUUAAUAAUAUUUAAUAUUUAUAAUUUAAGUAUUAAUAAAUAAUCAAAAUGUUUGCAAACCUUCAUCUUGUUUGCAUUGUCAUGUCAAUGGGGAUAACCACUAUUGUAUCAGUUUAUGGAACAGAAUCAGUCACACCUGUGGUCAUGUCUGGAAUUCAAGCUCAAUUAUCUGAAGAGUUCGCAAAAUUGCAAGCCUGUGGAUCACUCGAGUUAAUAAAAAAUUGUUUAAAACCAGAGCUCAAUGUUGAUAAGAUGAAUUUAAAUGAAGGACCAGAUAUUGUUUGCAAAAAGAAGCAAUUGGGAAAAUGCAUUGCAAAUUGUGUGUCAAUAUCAAAACAAAAUGGAGUUGCUCAUUUGUAUGACAAACAUGCCUAUGAAUUCUCUUCUAAAUUGUUUCACAAAAAUGAAUGUAAGCUCAGACCAUCCUCAAGAUUUGAAAAGUAUUUUUUGCAGUGGCAGGGAGGCUGUUCAGACCUGCCUUCCUGACCUCAAAGGCCAAUGUCCUGAGGCUGCUUUCAGCACUCUGACAAAGACCUAUGACAAGAUUUUUGACCCAAAGAAAUGUGAUACAUCAACAAGAGAAGAUCCAAACAAUGCUGGCUCUUGCUUGCCAUGGCUAAUCAGCAGUGUUGUCCCUUUUGGGAUCAUGCUGGCAUUGCACCAGUUUUUCUAAUUGUGUGUUCAAUUUAAUUAUUUUUUGUUGUUGUGUUUUUGUUUUGUUUUUGUCAUGAGUAAACUUGAUCUUUAGCAUAUGACCGAGCCCUUAGCUUCUAAGCUUGGCUUUACUUUUCAGAAUCUCUUAAAUAAUAUACUGUCUGUCUUUGUCAGAUGCAUUUCAGAAAAAAAAACAACAACACUUGUUCUUAAAAACUUUACACCAAGUUUCAAUGUAAAAAGUGUAUCUAUAAUGUACCAGAUCCUAAACCACAUUCUGUGAGGUUGACAGUGAUAGUAUCUGAUACCUUGACUAGCAGUAGCUAAUAUACAUAAGAUGCUUUAUUAUUGUAUAGCAUAUGAGCUUGCCACAUUAGCAUGUUCAUUAGGUUCUGGUACAAUCUUUUUUUUUGUAGACCUGUUGUGGAAGGGUAUAUAUAUAUCUAGUAGAUUAUUUCUUUGCUGCCAUUAGGCCUUAGCAAGCACUACUCAGCUCAUAUUCAAAUAAUAUAUUUUAAAACUAUUCAAUAUUUCAAUAUUUUUAAAUAUUGGAGUAAAGUAGACAAAAGUAUGCAAUAACAAUAUCAAUAUUUUGACUAUAUUCUUUAAAAUUUAGUCACUAUUUGGGGUAAAAUUAUUAAAAUUUGAAUGAGAAGAGUGACAAUGUCACUUGUAUCAUCCAUAGUACAUAACAUAAGUAUGAAUAGUGAGCAUUGCUGAUUAAACUCUUGGGAAGUAGAUUUUUAGUAAGCUUUUGACUGCUACGUCAAAGGUUCUGAAUACCAGUAUGAACUUUUGCAGCAUGUUUUCAAUCCACAGCUUAAAAGACACAUGAAUACUUGAGUCAUUCACAUCAUAUCUGUAUAAGAGAGUGAAGAUGUUUGGUUAUUGCACUGGCCACAUAAAACGGCAGUGAAUGAAUCUCACUGAUACUUCAAAAUUCCUUUAAAAGUAAAGUAAAGUUCCUCUUUCAGACCUUGUGAUCUAUAGGACAGAUGAUGAAAAAGUCAUCUAUUUCUGUGGCCCACGGUUAAUGAGGCUGUCAUGUGACCAGCACAAUGACCAACCACCUUUACUUUUCGGCAACAAAUGUCAGGUACCCAUUUGAGCUGGGUGGACUCAGAGGGUCCCCAGAUAUCCCAAAAUUAAAAAUCCCCAGGAUUUGAUCUGGGAACCCUGAGUUCAGAAGCCAAGCGUUUUACCACUCUGCCACCUUUAGUUCAACCUUGUUUGAUUUUAUGCUUUUUCUUGUUUAUGUUUGUUUUACAUUUCGGAUGUUCCUCCAGAGUUGAAAAUAAUCUAGGCCAAACCUCUUGCAGGGGUAUGAGCCCAUUACCGUUGAGACAACCAAAUGAUAGUCCAGCGCGCAUUCCGCUCAACCAGGAAGCAACCAUAAUAUCGCUGCAAUAAUUUUCCAAAUAUUACAUGUAAUUUUAUAUAAUCUUCAAAAGCAUUAUUGUAUGAAAAUGCUAUUCAAUAUAAACACUUAGAUGGCACUUAGAUUUGGUGUGUGUUUUCUGUAUCCAUGGAGUGAUCUUAUAGUAUUCAAGCUCUUCCUUGCUGCAUUUAUUUUUUUUCAGUCGUAAUUUCAUAUGGUGCUUGUCACAUUUAUUCUUUACAUUAUACAUACUUUGUUAAUUAAUUUACUAACACUAAAAACUGUUUUAAGCUGACUAUAAGUUUGUUUUGAAUAAUUAUUUGAAUCGUUUGUGUUUCUGUUAUCAUAAUAUAUAUAUAUACUUAUCUAAAUAUAAACCUGGUAUUAGACAUUCGGGGGAAAAGUUUUUUUCUAUAACAUGGCAUUUUGGUUAUAUUAUUUGGCAUUUUGUUAAUAUUUUGUAUACCGAUUUAAAUGUUGUUGUUUUUUUGUAAGAACAUUCAGUUGUUGUGUAAAAGUCCGGUUUGGACCUGGAAUUUUUGUUUAACAUUAGAAUCAAGGCAUAAUCCCGAUUUUUUACUUUGAACCUUUUAAUUUUUUUUAGAAAAAGUAUAUUUUUCCUUUUUAUCGACAUAUUCAUUCUAGUCUUUACUCAAUUUGACUUUUUUUUUUAGUUGAAUUGUUGUAUGAAUCUCUAUCCACAUUUUUAUAAAUAAUAUUUUAAGCAAUAAAGUUGUGUUCACACAAUCUUUAAGUUUCAUUUGUAAAAUACUACUGGUAUAUUAUGUUUGUAUUUAUAUUAUCCUAUGAAAAUUUGGAUAUCAGAAUGAUUUAGGAUAAUUACAUUUUAUAUUACCUUUGAUAUUUUCCAAGUCUUUUGUUUUUAUGUUCAUUAUACAUGCCUUACUUUUUUUAUUGGUGUCCAUUAGGUGGUGAACUUAGAGGUAGAAUCUCUUGGGUUUAAACCCUAUGCUUUUUUUUUCUUGACAACUUUGUGAGCGUCAAGACAUUCUUUAAGUUGUAGCAUUCAACAGAUUGGUUCGCAUAGGGGCAACACUAUAUUCACUUCAAACAUCAUCAUACACCUUUUGAAGAGCUUUAAUUGAAACCACAUUUAAUAAAUGUAACACAAAGGUUCUGGGUGUUGCAAUGCCAUUGUUUCCCCAUUGUUUUAGUUCAUGCAUAUCUAGUCAUUCUGUGUUUUUGUGUUUUUUAUUUGUAACUGAAUAUGUCAUAAGAGAAAUGCAUUAAUUGAAAUAUUUGAAUUUAUUUUUUAUCUUAACACUUUUCUAUACUUCUUGUCUGUCAAUAACAUCUAUAGGAGUUUUGCAUAGUAAUCCAUUCCUUGUGUACAUGUUACUAUAUAUCAGUGCUAUAAGUGGACUUUUAUUUGGCAUGAAUAAUUUUUCAAGACUUGCGAAAAAAAAUUGUCUUAAUUAUUGAAGGUCUUUGAUCCAAUAGUGUCCGCUGAAUCUAUCCAUCCUUAAUUCACUAUUUCAGAUUUUUUUUUUUUUUCAUUUUAAGUAACUCAAGCUAUAUAGUGAUAUGAUUUAUUGCAAUUUUUGGUUAUGAUAACUCAAAUGUCAUGCUAUUAUGAUUUUCAACCUUUAUAUAUAUAUAUACUAUAAAUGUAACUUUUUACUUUUUAUUUUUUUAUUUUACUAACUACUGAAUUUUUUUUUUCCUUAUAAUUUUGAUUAGAAAAUAUAUCAUUUUAAUAUCAAUUGGUAUGAUAUACACAAUCAAUAUUCAUACCGUUUCAAAUUAGAGAACUAUUUGUUUAAAAUUGACUCGCUAGAUCUAUAUUGAAAUGGGGUCAAUAAUGAUAUAGAUUUUGGAAAUCAUGUUCAUUGUUGAUUUUUUUAUUCUGCCAAGGCAACAUUUUUUAAGUUAUUGAAAAGAUUUUAAUCGAGAUUAGUUAAAUAGAUCUGUGCAAUUGAAAAGUUUCCUCAUAAUUUUUUUGAGUCUUAGCUCCAGUUUAUGAAAUGUUAGCAGCUGUAGAUCCAGUAUGUUCUAAAAAAAACUUUUUUAUUGGCUCAUAGGAAAACUCAACAAACCUAAAACUAAAUAGUGAUCCAUGAUAUGUAAUAACUGGAAAGACUCAACUUUGUAAACAAAUUUAUAGUAACUAUGCAACCUCUGAGAAGGGAAAGACUUCAUUAAUUUGUUUUUAUGCAUUUAAUUGUUUGCGUGAUCAAAACUAAUCUGGGGCAAUAAGUUAUAUUUUGUGGCUUUUACUGCUGUUUUUGUUUUGUUGUAUGUUAACACUUAAUUCAGUCAAGCAUAUCUUGUUUUAUAAAUUUUUUACUUCUAAACUUGAAUUUGUACAUAGUCUUUUAAAAACUAUUUUGCAUUUAGUCAGAUAUAUUUUAGAUCAGUGAUGCCCAAAAUACGGCCUGCGGGCCGGCCUUGCUUCCAUCCGGCCCGCCGAAUCUUCUGCACAAAGAUAGAAAUUCCCCCACGCUAAAAAAAUGUUCAAAAUAUAUCUUUACCUACUUUAGGGCCCUCGCUUUUUUCUAAUGGCUUUUAAUAUUUGUGCGUUCAUGAAAUAGGACUAUAGAAUCUAUUAGGAAAAGUGAACGGAUCUUUACUUUUUUGUAGAACAUGAUACCGACAUGUUUGUUUUUAUGAAGAAAGUGUGGCUGUUUUUAAAAAACAAGUAAAAAAAAUACAAACAGAAUUUACGCCAUUUUUUUGAAGUGUAAAGAGAAAAUUCAAAUAUCCAAUAUUUCAAUGUUAGUACUAGAGUCCUCGGGUUUGAAAUACAAUAGUUUCAGGUCAAUUUCAUUAAGUUUUGCAUCUUUUCCAUCAUGUGGCCCGCGACACUAGUGUUUGAAAUUAAAAUGGCCCGCAGAUUGAAUUAGGCUGGGCAUCACUGUUCAAGAUAGAUAAACAUUUGAAAAUAUUAGAUAGAUAAACAUUUGGAAGUAUAAUAAAUCUUUGUAAUCCAUAACACAUCUCAAUGUAGUCAUAUACAUUUAGAUUCUAGUUGGCAACAGAACUGUUUCUGGUAAUUUUUUAUGUGAUGUAAGUUUGUCAAAAUCUUUUUUAAAAAAAAAAUAUUUUUUUUUUUUAUAUUUCAUUAAUUAAAAAAUGGUUAUGUAAUAUCCCUCAAACAGUCUUGUUUAAAUGUAUAAUUUGGUUUUCUAUAGUUAUCAUGUUUUGUUUGGUGUAAUGCACAAAUUGUAAGACAAAUAUCCAUAUGGAUGAUAAAGAUUAUUAUUAUUAUUAUCUUAAUCUUGUAACAAAAAAACAGAAAUAUUCACAUGGUAAUCUGCCAUUGACAGGGAGUUUUGCUAAAACAUGUACAAGUCUGACUCUAACCUAUUUUAUUUUAUUUUUAUUUCAACCAAAGUAACUGAUGGUAACCAAAGAUUUGGUCAGUAUUAAUUAUACUAAUGAGAUUUUUUAUAUUUUUUUAAAGCAUUUUAUUCUAAAGGUGUUUUCACCCAUGUAUAAAAUAUCAAUGUCAAUUUGUAUAAGAAAUGAAAUAAUAGCCAGAAUUCCCACUGCUCAAAUCCGAUUGCCAGUUUCAAAUAAUGCUUUUAUUUUUUGUCAUUUUUUCCCAUUUUAUGUAACAGAAGGAAAAAAGUAAUUUGUUAAAAAUUAUAUCAUUUGAAUCAGUUUAAGCUUUAUUUGUUCUAUAUAAUCAUUUGUUUAAAUUAUAUAUUAUUAAAAUAUAUAUGCUUGUCUUACUAUAAACCUUAAUUUUUUUUUAUUUGUAAAUUUAAAAAAAAAAAGCUAAUUAAAUAUUUUAAGAUAUUAGUAUCAUAUAUAACUGGAUAAAGGAAAUUGAAAUGGUUCAUGUUUCAUCAGAUAGAUUAAUAUAUUAUACAUUUUUCUGUAACAUAUAUACACUCUAAUGGAUACAUGUUGGAUAAAAAUGUAUAAUAUAUUUAUCAAUCUGAUGAAAAAGGUCCCAUAGGAAUUGGUAAAAGCUUUAAAAAAAUAUUUUAAAAAUAUGAAAUUUUGUAAAAGCUUUUAAAAGUAUAUUUAAAGAUAUGAAAUUUUGUAGGUCUAAAUCAUUUAUCGCAAAGGACCUGUCAUUUUUUACUUUUUUAUUUACAAUUAAUCAAGAAGGCAUUUAGAUAACAAAAAUUUAAUAUAACAGACCCUACAUACUUUUCCUUUGUUUUAAUCCCAUUGAUGUGUGUUUCUUUUUUUUUUUCCUAGUCCAGCCAGCACCUGGGGUGACCCCAUUGAGUUGAUGUAUUUUUUUUUUAUGCAUGUUCAUACUCAUUUGUUCAAAUCUGAUUGCAAAGACUUUGUAUUGCUUGAUGCUUCCCAUUAUUAAAACUAGGUGCACAAAAUA